AUGCGGAUUCUGAUUUUCGCAAUUUUUGCGGUCGCCUUGAUUUAUUCGCUACCCGUUGGAAAAGAUGUGGAAAGUGAGGAGAAUCCUGCCGCCUCAAAUCUGACGAAUUCAAAAUCAAGUUCGAAAGAAAAUGAAGUUGUCGAUGAGGAGCUGGUUUAUGAUGAAGAGCCGGAAGAGAUCGAGGAAGAUUUGGAAGAGAAUCAAGACGAAGUUCAGGUAGAUCAGAAGCGAAUGAAACGUGGAAUGUAUAGUUCAGAAAGGCAGGAAGAAGUUAUUGAGAUUCAUCAUGGAAUUCAUAAGAGGAAUGCUGAACAUCAAGAUCAUAGAGUUCGUCGACAUGAUCAUCAUAAUUUGGUAAGAUCUAGCAGAUCUUAGAUAAAAUUUGAAGCCUUUGAACUUCAGGAAUUCUAAAAAUCAUUGGUUCAACCUCAAGCCUAACAGUAGAAUUUUUUCUAACAAAAAUCACUUAGCCUAAAUUUAAGCCUAAAGUUAUGUUUAAAUUAAAAUCCUUAGAAUACAAGCCUAACAAUGUUCCUAACUGUUAGCAGCAGAUCCAUUUUUGCCACGUCCUAACCACUUAUUUUUUCCAGCACCAUCAAUCCAACACAACUCACAAACUCGUCAAAAGAAACACCGAGGAAAACAAUCAUCAUCAAGUGAAGCGAAGCGUGAGUUCCGAUAAGUUCCUCAAAAAAAUCUUUAGAAACUUUUUUUCUCAGGAUCACCACGAGGCUCAAAAAAGAUCAGAAUCUCAUAGCCAUCCAGAAAAACGCAGUGUAAGUUUUGCAAUUCUGGAAAUUCUAGAAGUUUCCAUUUUUCAGAACGAUCAUCGAGUUAAAAGAAAUAUCGAAAAUCAUGAGCAUCAUGUUGAGAAGCGAAAUGUACGUUUAAGAAAAAAUAGGGUAACUUGAGAAUUUUACAGGACGAUCAUCAUAAUGCGAAAAGAAGCAGCGAUGUUCACGGCCAUCAAAUUGUCAAGGCAAGUUUUCAAGUUACUGUAACUAGGAAAAUCGAUAGGUUUUUCAGGAUGAGCACAAAAACAAUGUGGUCAAAAGAAACUCGGAUGAUCAUCAUGGGACUGUGAAACGAAGCGUGAGAAAAUUUUCCAUGAUUUCUAACUGCCACGUUUUCAAGGUUUAAAUUCAGUUCCAAAAAUUUCAGGACUGCCACCACUCAACAGCCAAACGUAACUCCGAUUCCGAACACCCUCCUCAUCACAUCAUUACCAAACGCUCCGACGAUGGUUUCGGACACAUAAUGCAGAAACGAGAACCCGGUCAGAAAACCGGCGCACAUCGACAACCUCGCAGUGCCGAUCAAGGACACGAGGAAGACGAUCCGGCUGAUGAGAUUCGAGUUGAUGAAAAUGAGGAGCAAGAAAAGGAGGAGGAGAGAGAGAAGCGAAAUAUCGUAGCUUCUUCGGAGGAGAAAAUCGCGAGCGCCAAAUUUGCCAGCGACGUUGAACCGAUCAACGAAAACUCAGUAGGUAUAUUUAUUUCGAAUUCUAUCUAAACGGGUUCAAAGAUGGCGGGUUUUGGUUGAAAACUCUUAACAAUUUGGGCCAAGCUUCAAGCCGAACUCUAGAAUUUCCCAAGCCUGAAAGACUCAUGACUCAACUGAGGAAACAAUGUGAUUUAGCUUCAAGCCUAGCUCUAGCAUAUAGAUUUUCAGAAAUUUAUGGAACUGUAAAAUCCUAAGCCUAAACAUCCUUUCACUCAACUAUAUAUUUUUUUUUAAUAUGACCUCAAACUCGCUCGGGGGAAAUUUUUUUUUAAAAUGUUGAAAAACUCACAUUUCCUCCAGUUUUCUUCAAAAUUCAAAAUCAUUCAACUUCAAUUCGCUUCAAUAAUUGUUUCGAUAUUCCAUCAUGUUGCUGACGUUUUUCCUGUAAAAUAGAAUUGAGUGAAAUCUAAAUAAGAACUCCAAAAUGAAGAAAAAUUCAAGGAAGUAAAUUUUUUCAUAAAACUACUUUUUGAGCACCAGUUCUAGUACAAAACUAUCGAAAAUCAACUAAAAUUAUGUUACUUGUACUAGGAAAAUAGAUAAAUAUGAAUUUGACAACAAGUUUCAUUCAAAUUCAUCGUAAAACAACAAAAAAUACGUGAAUGAAAAGUUUUCGAAAAACAAAAACAAGAAAAUAAAAGUAAAAAUGGAAGUGCGCCCUAUUGAUAAUUACAUGUCUCGCCACACACGUUCAAAUGGUGCAAUGAGUCUUACUGUUUGCAAACACUCUGCGUAUCUGUGUGUAUGCAGAUUUUCCUUUUUUUCUCUCGCACACUCCGUGUUUCACACUCUUUUUUUGUCAUGUUACAGUAGAAUUUUAAAGGAACAUAAUGUUUUUUACGUGCGAUAUCUCGAAGCGAUGGUGACUUUUUUCCUAGGGUGUUUGGUGAAUCGGCGCAUAGUUAUUCAACUAGAUUCGAAUACGUAGAUUUCGAAUAUCUAAUCAUAUUUUUUUUCGGUUAAGCCAUUUUGUCAUAACAGGCGACACCGAUUUCAGUUUUGUUUAAAGGCGCAUUGCAUCAUUUUCUUUUGCUUGAACAUGUGUGUCGCACUCUCUCAAAAAAUGUGUGUAUUUCGUCGUUGCUGUUUUAUUAUCAGAUCUGAAAUUUUUUGAAGCUUGAGCUCAAUUAGAAGUCUAACAUCCAACUGUAAUUUAGGGAAAAAAAUUUUGAAAGCGAAUUUUAAAAGUACAUAGAAGUUUAUGUUGUAUUUCAGAUUCUCAAUUCCCAAAAACUCAAUACAUCAAUCAAUUUUCAGCCGUUCGACGAGUAA